GCCAACACAACGCAAAUCAACUUUUAAUAAUUUAUAUUAUUUUAAGACUUUAAAUACUUAAUUAAAAUCAUGAAGAAAAUUUCGAAAGAUUUGGCGCCAAUCGCGCUUCCUCAUGGACCUCCUGUGGAAUCCGUGUCGGAAUAUUAUAAAUCGCUAAUGGAAAGUGCUCGUAUGGUCAAAAAGUACCCAGUAUGGGAUGUCGCCCGUCCGACCCCGCAAGUGCUGAUGGAACAGGCGCGAAGGGAUCUCAUGGAGGCUGACGAGAAGCUGGCACAUAAGCGGGAAGAGGAACGGAUUAAUAGGCAGACCAUGAACGCAAAGUGGCAAGAUCUGCGUGAGAAGGAAAUGCUGCUGAAGGAUUCGUUUAUUAGCUUUAACAAGUUCAUAAGAGAAAACCAAGAAAAGCGCGAACGUGCCCAACGCAAGAUGGAGGCAGAUCUAGAGAUGCUUGAAAGGAAAUCCCGCGAAACGGACGCGAUGCGGCAACGCGUCGCAGAGAUGGAGGAAGUUAGGGGGCUCAUGGAGAAACAGGUCGAGGAUUAUACGGUUUAUGAGGAUUAUUUGAUGUCUGUGGUGCACAACUAUCCGGAGUUCAAGCAACCUUUGGACGUUCUCAAUAGAUAUGAAGCCUUAGCGGCUGCAAAGAACACGUUAGCCGAUCGUCAAGAGAGAGACCUGGAGAUGCUGGAAAGCGCCCGCCAGGAGAUUGCAGCUCUUACUGAAGAGAAGAAGCUAUUCAUCAUGGGGCUGAACAAUACGCUCGCGGAUUUGAGGUGGCGCUACGAUCAAGUGCGUAACCGCGUCAUAAAAUGGGAGUUAGCGCUCAACCGGCUCAAGGACACAGCGGCUCGUAGACAUGCGGAACUGUGCCACGUACGAGCUGCUGUAUAUUCUUUAUAUGAGAAGAUUAGCCGACAAAAGGGAUUGCCUUUGGAUGCUCCGAAGGAGGAUUUUGAACAGCAACUAGUGGUUAUAAUGAGGGCUUUGUUGGAACUGCGCAGGAUUCAUAGGAUCGCGCAGAGACGGUCGAAGGAAAAGGACGCAGAAUCGAUGCAAACCGCAUAAGGAACAUUACAACAAA